AUGGGUCCUGAUGGCAAGAAACAGGCCACUGCAGACCUGCCUUUGAAGGAUGAAUCUUCUCCUAAACCUGUUUCCACCCCCACUUCUCUUCCAUCCUCCCUUUCUCAUGGCUACCACAAGGAGAGAAUCUCUGCAAGGGUCCGCCCGCCACCGCCCCUGCCCGGUCUCCGCCGUUCGCCCACGCCGCUCCCCGCCCACACCCCGCGCCCCUCCACGCCUCGGCCCCCCGCGCGCCAGACAGCGCUCCGGACGCCGGCGAUCUCCGGGCACCGAGCGCUCCGGGGUCCUCCACCCGCUGCCGCCGCUGCCAGCCCCGCUCGGGUCCCAGCCCCGCGCCGGUCCCCCCCGAUCGGCGAAGGAGGGGAAUUGAGCUUCGAUCGCGAACAUGGCUGCUGGCUGCCUGCUGGCCUUGACUCUGACACUUUUCCAAUCUUCGCUGAUCGGCCCCUCGUCCGAGGAGCCCUUCCCUUCGGCCGUCACGAUCAAGUCAUGGGUGGACAAGAUGCAGGAGGACCUUGUAACACUGGCAAAGACGGCAAGCGGAGUCAAUCAGCUUGUUGAUAUUUAUGAAAAAUAUCAAGAUAUGUAUACUGUGGAACCAAACAAUGCACG